GGCGGAGCCCCGGCUAUAAAAGGCUCCACCCCGCCCUCUCGCGAGCAUUCAGAACUCUCGCGAGACUUGACGCCCGACUUGUGCGCCCGGGAAACCCCGUCGUUCCCUUUCCCCUGGCUGGCAGCGCGGAGGCCGCACGAUGCCCGGAGUUACUGUAAAAGACGUAAACCAGCAGGAGUUCGUCAGAGCUCUGGCAGCCUUCCUCAAAAAGUCCGGGAAGCUGAAAGUCCCCGAAUGGGUGGACACUGUCAAGUUGGCCAAGCACAAAGAGCUUGCGCCCUACGAUGAGAACUGGUUCUACACACGAGCUGCAUCCACAGCACGGCACCUGUACCUCCGGGGCGGCGCUGGGGUCGGCUCUAUGACCAAGAUCUAUGGGGGGCGGCAGAGGAAUGGCGUCAUGCCCAGCCACUUCAGCCGAGGCUCCAAGAGCGUGGCCCGCCGGGUCCUCCAAGCCCUGGAAGGGCUGAAAAUGGUGGAGAAGGACCAAGAUGGGGGUCGCAAGCUGACACCUCAGGGACAGAGAGAUCUGGACAGAAUCGCCGGACAGGUGAGGCUGUGCACCCAUCGGCCCUGGGCAGGAGAAAUGUGUUUGUGCUGGUGUUGGAGGGAGGUUGGAGUGGCCUGGGAGAAGGGAGGCUCUUCUAGAAUGCAGAUCCUGUCACCCUGUUCAGAGCUGACUGCCAGCUCUUGUCCCUCACCUCACAAGGCUGUGGGUGCUUAGACUCCUGCUCUGCUUCCUGGAACUCCACAGGGUUAUGGGGAUGGGGUAAGGGGGCAUGCAGGCACCCCAGCAGAAAUCCCAUUUACCUUUGUCUUCUGCCUCUUCCCACAGGUGGCAGCUGCCAACAAGAAGCAUUAGAACAAAGGAUGCUGGGUUAAUAAAUUGCCUCAUUCAUAA